AUGAAGCUAAGUAAAACGUUUUUGAUAGGAUCGUUUGGGAUACCUGUCUUUUGCUUCGAACUACAACAUAUACUUAAAAAUGAUGACAAGUAUAGCUGCCCAAUAAGCCUUCCAAAUAGUUGCAUGAAUAAAACUGAAGUAAAGGAUUCUUGCUGUUAUGAGUUCCCUGGCGGAAUUAUGCUUCAAACUCAAUUUUGGGAUUACAUCGCACCUGACGGAGUCACCGAUCCUGAGGAAAUUGUUAGACAUUUAGGUCCACUUGACUCCUUUACAAAUCAUGGGUUGUGGCCUGAUAAUUGUGAUGGAUCCUAUGCCCAGUUUUGUAAUCGGAAUUAUGAUAUCGAUGAUGUUUGGCAUUUAUUAAAUGAAGAUGAGUUCAACAACGAUGACGUUCCUGUUCCAGGAAGGUCUUUACUCGCUUCUAUGGAUUCUUACUGGAAAAGCAACACUGGUGAUGACGAAAGUUUAUGGAUUCACGAAUUUAACAAACAUGGAACAUGUAUCAAGACAAUCUCUUCAGACUGUUAUAAAAGGUGGGGUGUAGUUACUGAUCCUAAAAAACAAGCAGUAUACGAUUAUUUCAGGAUAGCAAUGAAUCUCUUCAAAAAAAAGAACACAUAUGAGAUGUUGAAGACUGCUGGUAUAGAGCCAAGUGUCGAUAAGUUUUAUACAAGAAGCGAGAUAUCAGAAGCAUUAAAGAAUGGCCACAAUGGAGAAGAAGUUCAUUUUUCAUGCGAUAGGCACGGAGCAUUAAACGAGGUAUGGUACUUUCACUCAUUAAAAGGAUCUUUAUUGGGGGAACAAUUUAUUCCCAUAGGAGCAUUGAAAACGAACACAAAUUGCCCUGAAUCAAAAAUAGCAUUUUAUCCAAAAGGACAUAAACCAUCAUCUUAUAGGCCCCCAAACCGUCCUCAUCAAGGUAUUAGAGGUAAGGUAAGAAUUGGUAACGGGGAUGGUUUUUUGAUCAAAAACGGUCAUUGGUAUUCAAAAGGGACACCAGCAACGUAUUUCCUAAUUGAAGCACCUUUUGGAAACUUUCAUCUAAAGACUAGAAUGGGCUAUUGUGGAAUCAACAAUUCUAACGGAAUAUUUGCAUGUAACAAGAAUGUGGCUCAGGCCGCUCAAUUCGAAUAUGAUCCUAAAAAAGGCUAUCUCGGAUACAACGGUGUUUAUGAUUGGAAUGCCCAGAAGCACCCCAGAGGUAAUCAACAAGUUCCAAUUUACACAGGUCAUAGUGAUGAUGGCAUUAACUUCCAAUUGAAGUUUGUUAGAGGGUAA